CUCCUUUUAAUAUCAUUCCAUUCAAAUCAAUGGCCUUUUAGGAUUUGGGUGUUUUAUUACAGGAACAAAGGAAAAGACAGAAAGUGCCAACAUCAGACUCCAAGGAAAAGAAAUUGAAAAAGAAAAAAAUAAAGAGAAAAUUUGCUGAAUCAAGUGGGGUUUGGAUUCUUCCUAGUCUUUGUUUGGGCAGCCCUCAUCCCUCAUCUCUCUCUCUCUCUCUCUCUCUCUCUCUCUCCUUUGCAGUGUUACAUGCUCUUUUUGGCUUCCUAGCCUUUUUCUCACCUUGAUUUAUUUUCUUUUAUUUUUCGUUUUUUCCAAUUUGCCACCCCCACUUCCUUAGUCUGCCACGGUAAUCAUCACCCUCUGUACACUACCAUAUACAACACCCAGCUACAGAUUUUUUUCUCUUGAUUUGCUGUCCCUCUCUUUGCACGUAUAUAUAGAUAGAUAGAGGAGAGGGAGAGGGCUGUUGGGUUGGGAAGAGGUUUUAAGGAAAAUCCAUCUUAUAAUUGUCUCUUCUUACCAUUUUAGAGUGCAUGGUGAAAGCUGUUGAUGGUUUUAAGAGAGAGAGAGAGAAACUGGAAAAAGAUAUAUCUGAAUUGAUGCUGCAGAGUUGCUCAGACAAGCAAUCCAUGGCCUAGAUAGCGACUUGGAGAAUAACCCAUCAUCAUCAUCAGCAUCAUCAUCAUCUCUUCACGAGAUUAAUUUUUGCUUUUGCCAAGCCAAUGAAUGAUGCCUUUCUGUGGCUAUGUGUCGCUGACACCUGUUCUUCAACAAGCCUCUGCUCUAUAGUAUGUUCAAAGGUGCAAAAGUAGGUACUUGAAGAAAGGAUAAACUGGGAGCUAGCUAGAAGAUUUCAAACAAACAAAGAGAUCAGAUUAUUGGAGUUUUAGUCAAAGGCAAUGUUUCCUGCAGCCAUGUCCAAUUCAACUUCCUUGUCUGAAGAAGCUAGUGUUUCUUCUGGUACUAGAGUUCAGGACUUUGGUGGGUUAAAUCCAGUACUGCUUUCAACUAUUUCUCCGCAGCAGCCACACAAGAUGAAGAAGAAGAGAAACCUACCUGGAAACCCAGACCCAGAUGCUGAAGUGAUUGCAUUAUCCCCAAAGACCCUAAUGGCGACGAAUAGAUUUGUAUGUGAGAUCUGCAACAAGGGGUUUCAGAGGGAUCAGAAUCUUCAGCUUCACAGGAGAGGGCAUAACCUUCCUUGGAAGCUGAAGCAAAGAAACAGCAAAGAGGUCAGAAAGAGAGCCUAUGUUUGCCCUGAGCCUUCAUGUGUUCACCACCAUCCUUCAAGGGCCCUCGGUGAUCUUACAGGAAUUAAGAAACACUAUUGCAGGAAACAUGGGGAGAAGAAGUGGAAGUGUGACAAAUGCUCUAAGAUCUAUGCUGUUCAAUCUGAUUGGAAGGCUCACUCUAAAACCUGUGGGACUAGAGAAUAUAGAUGUGACUGCGGAACCCUUUUCUCCAGGAAGGACAGCUUCAUUACCCAUAGAGCGUUCUGUGAUGCAUUAGCUGAAGAAAGUGCAAGACUCUCGGCAAACCCGUCCUUGGUCCAACCUCUCUUCCCCUUUCCAACCCAACACAUCUCUCUCACUCCCUGGGACCCACCCCAAAACCCUAACCCUAACCCUAACCCAGUUGUUCAAGUGAAGGCCGAAUUAGCUCACCAUUUCCAAGCACCAAACACACACAACAGUACUAGUAAUGCUGCUUUCUUGUUCCAAGAAGCGCCAGUACCACAACAGCACCCCAAGGCCUUCAUUCCCAUUCCCACAGUAGUGCCCUUCCAACCCAGCUCAAGCCCCGCCACGUCAGCCCACCUCUCAGCCACUGCUCUCCUCCAAAAGGCUGCAACCGUGGGUCACAUGACUCGGUUUGACAACAUGAGGCAGCAGCAGAUUGAUCAGCAAGUGAGUCACAUGGGUGGCUUCACGUCCGGAGAGAUCGCCAAGUGGCACAACACUGACCAUCUGACUCGGGACUUUCUGGGUCUGACAGAUAGCAAUGGUGAUGCUGGCGAUGUUGGGCAUGGGGAUUUCAAAGAUAUGCUAACGUUCACGGGUGGCGUACAGUUCGAACAACAACCACCAUAUGAGCGUGACCAGUCGCUGUUGAAGCCCCAUGGUUUUGGAUUCGCUGAGGCUUCCUCGGAAACGUGGGGGGGACUGUUGAGGUAAAAAUAAAUAUUCAAAAAAAAGGUACCUCAAACCUGCGUUUCUCUGCCCUCUGAGUCUGAUCCAUCCAACCAAAGCAAGUUGAAGCAAAUCGAUCUCUUCUCUAUGCAUAAUGCAUGCGUAUGAUCGACCACUACUACAUACCAAUUCCCUUUUUGUUCUCUUUGGCAUUUCAUUUCCUAUAUGCUAUGCUCUCCUUUUUUUUUUUUUCUUUUUUUUUUUUUUUGGUUCUAUAAUAUAUAUAUAUAUUCUACAUUAGCAGGUUUAAAUGAAAGCUAGUAAACUUUUGUUUUUUUUUAA